AGCAACGCUUGACUCCUGGUAGGCAGUGGUGAUGUUGUGGUUAUCCAUGCUGCCGAAACCUCCAAAUAUGUUUCCCCGUGAAGAAGCCCGUCAAUGAGAGCCCGCGACGCAUGGAGUUGAGCUCGGAUCGUGGGGUGGCAACUCUGGAGAUGUCGCAGGCCAAAAGCAAAAACGACGAUACUUUUGAUGUGGAUGGGGACUACGAGAGUUUGCCUCCCGACGUCUCUGUGGCGACCCACAUGACAGCAGGAGCGGUAGCAGGCAUACUGGAGCACACGGUGAUGUACCCCGUGGAUUCUGUAAAGACUAGGAUGCAGAGCCUGCAGCCUGACCCAAACGCACAGUAUAAGGGCGUGUAUGAAGCACUGAAAAGGAUCAUCCGCACAGAGGGGAUCUUCAGACCCCUGAGAGGCCUCAACAUCACCAUGUUAGGAGCCGGACCCGCCCACGCUCUCUACUUCGCCUGCUACGAACGGGCCAAGCGAUCGCUCAGCGACGUCAUUCAGAAUGGAGGGAACAGCCACAUAGCCAACGGUGUAGCAGGUAGUGUGGCCACUGUUCUCCAUGAUGCCAUCAUGAAUCCAGCUGAAGUGGUGAAGCAGAGGAUGCAAAUGUACAACUCUCCUUACAAAGGACUCUGGGACUGCGUUCAAACUGUGACGCGCACCGAAGGCGCCGGAGCCUUCUACCGCAGCUACAGCACGCAACUGACCAUGAACAUUCCCUUUCAGGCUGUUCACUUCAUCACCUAUGAACUGAUGCAGGAGCAGCUCAACCCUCACAGGCAUUACAACCCCGGCAGCCACAUAUUGUCCGGAGCAGCCGCCGGCGCCAUCUCGGCUGCCGUGACCACUCCGCUGGACGUUUGUAAAACCCUGCUGAACACGCAGGAGAACGUGGCUCUGCACUCCAUGAACAUCAGCGGCCACCUGUCGGGGAUGGUCAAUGCCUUCAGGACAGUGUACCGUCUCGGGGGUUUGGCAGCCUUCUUUAAGGGGGUCCAAGCGCGGGUUAUAUAUCAGAUGCCCUCAACCGCCAUUGCCUGGUCAGUGUACGAGUUUUUCAAAUAUUUCCUGACGAAGCAGCAGCUCGAGCAGGAGGCCGGAUCAGGGUCGGUGUAAUGGAAAGUGGGUCGGAGCUGCGGGUGCCAAGACUAAUGAGAGAGACUUCCCGCCUGAAGCCGUGGGAGAUAAGUCCUUUUUCCCACAAGGCAGUGAGACGGGAACGCUGCUUUUCCUUAGUUACCCAAAUGUGUCUGGUUUUAAUACCAACAUACAGAGAAAUCACAAAUGUGUGUUUUAAGGAAGAAUGGCGUCUUUUUCUAUUCCUCCCACAACGACAAGACCCACAACUUUAAGCUCUUGAACAUGUGAAUGAAGUUAGUACAUAUGAUGUUUAUAUUUAGACAUAUCUGAACUUAUUAUUUAUUUUGCUGCAGAUUUUUGUUUUUUUGGAAGGGGGGGGGGGGGUUGAAAGAAUCUCAGUGUUUGUUUUUAAUAUUUUUUCUCUCUGUGUUCUCACAGAAACCAAACUGCACGUCAUUUUCAUUGCUCUUCUGAUGGGGACAUUUCCAUUUUCCAAGUGCCUCACAAAAAACUCCUGUUUGUUAUUUUGCCUUUCUCAUCAAAAGAGAUAACUUCACGCGUGACUUUUGAUUGGACUUUAUUGUUCUCUGCCAGAAACGGAAACACUUUUUCUGAACAACUGGCCGUAUUUGUCAAAACUAAACAGGAACAGCUUGAUGCUGUUCUUUUCUUCAAAUGUUGUCUUUGCACUAAAAUGUUUCCAGCAGCAUCCGCCAUCUUUGAAUUCUGUGUUGACCGCAGCGGUCCAGGUUUAUUGUUUUUGUCUUAUUAUAGAGCAGCAGUAAAAUGCUCUUGAAUCACGCACAAUACCAGUCGGAUUUAAAAACUUUCGAAGCUCCUUUAAACAUUUUUUUUUGUUAUCGACAAAAGUACUUUUCUGGUGGCUGUUGUACAGAAAUCUCUUAAAGGAGGUGCUGCUUUGUCAUGUGCAGAAGUGGUCUUAAAGGCUCUGGAUUUUAUUAAAAACGUAUGUUAAAAUGUUUCUUCUGACAGUUACUUUGGAAAUGAAGGGUUUGGAAAACAGAACAGAGACUACCGUGCCCACUUUUGUUGCAGUGGAGCCAGAUUUUAUUCUCACAUCCUGUUGUAGUUGCACAUUUCCCGUGUGCUCUCUGCACUCUCCAGCCUAUUGUCUAUUUUUUGAUCCAGAGUCAGGAAAUGUUGCCAGAUCCUGAUGUAAUCCAGAAUAUAUUCUAAUUUAUUUGUUAUCAAUUAUGGAGGGGACCCCCACCCUCUUGUUCCCAGAACUUGUUCAAUAUUGACAAACCAAAGACUUGUUUCAUUCUAUGCAUUCUACUUUUAAUGAAUCUGGAUUGAAGCUAGCUUUCGCUGCGAAUGCCGCUGCCACACGCACAAACACAGUUCUACUUUCACGUUUGUUAGAACGGGAAGUUCUCCAAGCUGUCCUCCUUUUUAGUUUGUGAAGCUUUCUACACUUGUUUGAAGCAAAAGCAGUUAAAGUGGAGGUCAUCCAUUUCCAUGAAUGUCUCGGAAGAUUUUCUCUCACAUGGAACCAUGUAACCUAGUUUUUUUGUUUACUGAUGUGAAGCGUUUGUUUAGACUCUAUGAAAACAUGGCUUCUAACGGAAACCUCAUGAUGCAUUUAUGCCUACUUCAAUGUAAAAAGCAACUGAACGGGCAUAGAUGGAAGGCUGUUAUAUUUGAAUUUAAAUCAGCUCAUCUUCUGUUGUUUUGGUUAGAGCAGCUGAAGACACUUUUUUUAAAGUGAUGACAGAGUCCAAUAGAACAAAGAUGCUGUUUGACAGUUUUUGAAGUUACAGCAUUGUGCAUGCAGGCGACACUGCGUGAUGUCAGCAUCAUUCCUUUUCAGUGUUCAUAGAUAGCCGAUUGUUUCCUAUUAAAUGUCACAAUAUUAGGGUUGAUGCUCCAGUUAUGAUGGGAAGUGACUGCUGGAAUGCAACAUUUCGUGAUGUAAAUUUGUGCACAAGUGAUUGAUGUGGGAGUUGGACUGAUUUUUGCUGAUUUGAGAUGUAUAGAACAGGAACAGAUUUUACAAAUCAAAUGAUUUAUUGUGAUAAUGCUGCUACAGUAUGUAACACUGGAGCUGAAAUAAAAAAAAAAGAAGAGA